CCAGGAUAUACACAUCAACAUGUACAAACUCACCGUUCUCUUCGCCCUCAUCGCCUGCGCUAGAGCUGGCUACAUCGGAGGAUACGCUGCCGCUCCAGCUCUGACCUACGGUGCAAGUUAUGGUUCUGCAUACGGCUAUGGUGCUGGCUACGGAUACGCCGCUCCAUCAGUCGCUACCAUAGCCCAUGCUCCAGCAAUUUCAUAUGCAGCCCCAGCUGUUGCCGCCGUAGCCCAUGCUCCAGCAGUCUCCUAUGCCGCUCCAGCUGUAUCCUAUGCCGCUCCAGCUGUAUCCUAUGCUGCUCCUGCUGUUACUGCCGUAGCUCACGCUCCAGUUGCUGUUGCCCAUGCUCCAGUCGCUACCUCCUAUUCUAGCUCCUACAGAACCGUCAACAAACCUGUCGCAGUAGCUGCCCCAGCUAUCUCCUACGCCGCUCCAGCAGUCUCUUAUGCUGCCCCAGCUGUUGCCACCGUAGCACAUGCUCCAGCAGUGUCCUAUGCUGCUCCAGUAGCCGCUGUAGCCCACGCCCCAGCCGUUGCUACUAUUGCACAUGCUCCAGUCAGCUAUGGUCUCGGUCUCAGGUCUGCCUACGGUCUUGGUAGCUAUGGAUACGGUCUUGGAUACAGGUCUUCCUACGGUCUCGGCUAUGGAUAUGGUGGAUACGGACUUGGAACUACACUUCUCCACCAUUAAUUAAAUUAUGAGAUCUUUAGUAUUUCCUAUACCUCUUCCAAUUAAUUUAUAUCUCCUGUAAGUAAAUACAAUACAAUAUUUACCCCCACAAAAUUUCUUCUGUUUUAUUUCACUAUAUUCUUUCAAAAUUAAGUGUAUUUGUG